AUCUCGCGAGAGUUCAAAAUUGGUGAAGAUUUCCAACAUGGCUGCCGAACAGUUUGGAUUUUCUGGUGAACUUUGGGGAAACGGUCCGACUCCUGGCGGGUUCUACAGCACGCCUGGCGGCACAACAACCCCGCAGCAUGGACCUACCAAACAUACACUCCAUCCCAUGACGAUGGGAACGUCAGUGUUGGGAGUGAAGUUUGAUGGCGGAGUGGUGGUGGCAGCCGACAUGCUGGGGUCCUACGGCUCGCUGGCACGAUAUCGUAACAUCUCCCGCGUCAUGAAGGUCAACAACACCACCGUCCUGGCCGGGGCGGGCGACUACGCAGACUAUCAGUUCCUCAAGGAAGUCCUGGAUCAGAAAAUCAUAGAUGACGAGUUGCUAGGAGACGGCCAUUCCUUCUCGCCCAAGGCCAUCUUCUCAUGGCUGACUCGCGUGAUGUACAACCGGAGAACACGCUUCAACCCGCUCUGGAACCAGAUGGUGAUUGGUGGAUUCCACGCCGGCAAACCGUUUCUGGGCUAUGUAGACAAGAUUGGAGUGGCCUAUGAAGCACCUACAAUAGCAACAGGCAUGGGAGCAUACAUGGCACAGCCACUUCUAAGAGACGCCCUGGAGAAGAAGCCAAACAUGUCCCAGUCUGAGGCCCUGGCGUUACUGGAAAAAUGCCUGAAGGUUCUGUUCUACAGGGAUGCCCGGUCCUUUAACAAGUUUGAGUUUGCGAUAGUGACAGAAGCAGGAGUGGAGAUUCUUCAGCCGAGGUCAGCAGAGGCCAACUGGAGCAUCGCACAUCUCAUCAAGGGAUACGAGUGAAGACCUGAAGACUUUGAUGUAGUGUAAAACACAAACAUGAUACUUUCUUAUGUAAAACUGCAACCUUAUACUUUAAGAACUUUGAAGAGGAUAAAGUCUCCUUAGGACAAAUGUCUUAACAUUAUUUCACCAUCUUGUUUCUCUCAUGUAGUACUUUUCUGUGGUGACUAAAUAUGAAAGGUGUUUUUUUUUCAUCAAAGAAAAUGAUAGCAUAGUUAACAUUACUGUACUUUGUACCUUGUGGACAUGUACAAUAUUUCAA